GCUACAGUGUGCUACAGUGCGUAAUUUGGCACCUCCCAAAUUGGCCAACUAAACAAGGCCCAGGUAAUCUCUCUACGGUUACGCCGCGCGCCCGCCCCCCAUUUCACGAGGCCGGAGCCGGACAACCAUCGCUGACAAAAAGGCACAGCCUACCUGCUCUCCCUCGUUCGGCCUUUGCGUUGUGGCAAAGACACACUCCUGAGCGGUCCGAGCAGACUAGACAACGCCGACGUUGCCGCACCCGCACCCAACAAACCCUACACCUUUCUGCUCUUCAGAGUCCGGAUGGACAUGGAUCCCACGUUAGGGGCUGUGUUGAGCCACGGUGGAGCCGGUGGCGGGGCGGUGGGAGGAGGAGACGGCGGCGGCGACGCGCACUACAGGGGCGUGAGGAAGCGGCCGUGGGGCAGGUACGCUGCCGAGAUCCGGGACCCGUGGAAGAAGACGCGGGUGUGGCUGGGCACGUUCGACACCCCCGUGGAGGCCGCCCUCGCGUACGACCGCGCCGCGCGCACCCUCCGCGGCGCCAAGGCCAAGACCAACUUCCCCGACCACGCCGGCGGCGGCGGCCGCCACCGCCACCAGCAGCAGCACCUCCACCUGGCGCGGCCGUUCUCGCGCCAGCCCCUGCCGCAGGCCGUCCCGUUCGGCGGCGUCGACCUCGACUGCCCUUCCCCGUGGCAUUUCGUCUACCUGCAGCCCGAGGCAGCCGACACCGCGCUCCCCCUCGCCGCGACGCAGCCGGCGGCCGCACCGCCGCCGUCGACGGCGCUGGAGCUCAGCACUGGCCAAACGCGGGGCGGCCUUCCGUUCGACCUCAACGAGGCGCCGUCGUGCUGAUGCCGGCCCGGAUCGUGACGCCGCAGCUGCAAAGUGUAGAGAGGCUGCGAGCAGGAGGGUGGUGGUGUUUAGCACUUCAGCGCGGUAAAAACGGCAGUGGAUUCGGCUUAGUGGUUUCCGCCGCCGACGGCGCUCCGCGAGGAGAAAGGAGAGGAGGCGCGCUCGUGCGGUCGUCGGGGUCGUGCCGUCGUGCGUGCCCGCUGCCCAGGCUGCUGUACUUUUUCGGCCAGGCGAUCGCCCAUUCGCCCGGGCAACACUUGCACAUGCGCUCUGUUUUCCCGGAUAAUGCUUCCGGGCCAAAAAUCCACUGCGACAGUGGAGUGUAACUUCGUGCACAUGGGGGACGGAUGCUGUCACGCUGCCGCUACCUACGCGACAUGAUAUGGGUUCACAACCGUAAUCAGUCUGUCGAGAUGAAACGCGCACGGGCCAAACCCUUUCUGUAAAUAGCUGUGUCUACAAAGAUUGCUCCGUUGCCUAUCUUGCGUUCAGGCGAUCAGGCCCAGAGCGAAGUAUCCUUUUUAAGUUAUGGUUGUGUCAGGUUAACGUGGGUAUUCACUGUCUGGCAGUGCCAUGAAAUAUCAUAUAGAUAUCCCUCGCAAAAACAAAAUCAUAUGGAUAUCAAUUGGUGAA